GCGUCAUGUCAAUAGGUGGGAUGCAUACCCAAGCACCCCCCCCAGUGAUUGAUGGCCAUCAGCACACAAACACAAAAGAAGGCCAUCAAACACACAAACCGACACAAUAACAACGUGCAAUGCUGCUGACCUUUAUUUUGAAAAAUCACCCUGCGAACGCCUGUCGCUUUGUAACAUGUUAGCAUAACAAUCACCUUUGACCUCUUAGCUCGUGUGACAGGCUGAAGAGUCACCGUCACCUUCCUCAUCAUCACCGUCAUGCUAUCUAGCUGGUUAUCUAUCCACGUAGUCCUGUUGUCAUCUAUUUAUGUAGUCAUCUGUCCGUGUCCGUGUAAUCAUCUAUUCAUGCAGUCACCUAUUCAUGUAGUUGUCUAUUCAUGUAGUGGGCUGGGAAUCUCCGGGUAUCUCACAAUACGAUAUGAUUUGUGAUACAUGGCUCACAAUAACGAUAAUAUCUCGAUACGGUGAAACAAAACCCCAAAAAAUAACACACAAAAUCCUCAAGCUGUAAUACCCGUGCUUGUGGUUAAGGAAGAUGUUGUCACCGAUGUAAUCAUUUUUUAUGACACACAUUUUGUUUACACAAUUAGACAGUAUGUGGCAAACAGCACUGUUAUUUUGAAGACCGGAAGUGUGUCGAGAAUAUCUGGUGACGGACGGUUAAGACGAGUUGGGAGCAAGAAAAAGUAUGUCUCUCGUCCUAAUUUCACUCAGAACUUGCACGACGUCAACGGGCAUCGUGAAAUGCUCGUUUGCGUUAACAAGCGGCAAAACACAACACGGUGUAAACACAAUACAGCCUGAGUUUCACACACACACAGGUACGCUAGCAUGCUCGGCUCAACUAAGCUAACCCCGCUAGAUUCCAUUCUCGCUCUGUUAAGUAGGAGUUUCAAAGGUUUUUAUGCCAGCUUUUGCCAGUGUUUCAGAUUUACUGUAGUUCGAUGAUGUGACGAGAUUCUGCCACAGUUGAGCGGUCCGCUGGGAAAAUACUUCCCCUCACAAAUGUUUCUUUCCCUCCCGAUGACAGCAUUUCAUUCACAUUAUGUCAAUUUCCCCAAAUUUCUGCGUUUAACAGUAGAUUCCGUUUUUAUUGGCCAAUUCCGCCCGCGACUCCGUUAACGCAGAAAUCAUAGGGCUCUACAUUUAGUCUACUCAUGUUGUCACCUAUUCAUCUAUUCAUUUGUUCAUCUAUUCCUGUACCCACCUGUUCAUCCAUUCAUCUAGUCAUGUAGUCGUCUCUUCAUCUAGUUAUUAAUUCAUGCAAUCACUUGUUAAUCUAUUCAUCUAGUCGUCAUCUAUUCAUGUAUUUGUGCGGUCAUGUGUUCAUGUUGUCAUUUAGUAAUAGUAAUGGGAAAAUGUAUUGAAAUUAAAAUUUCAGCCAAAACCUUUCUCAUUGGUUCUCAUCAGGGUUAGCUUAGCAUCGCCACCCCAUGACAGGUGUGAUGUCAGGUGACGUUAGCUUAGCAUGAGUUGGCUUCAUGUCGCUGCGAGUGUAAACACAAAAGCACUUUCACUGCCUUUGUGCGUGUGAACGUAGACCUUCCCUCUGAAAGGUCAGCAUUGCCCAGAUGGCCGCUCUGUCUAUGCUUGCGUGCGUGUGUGUGUGUGAAUGUGCGUUACAAUGAAUGAGUAUUGUCAUCAUGGAGUCAGCUUCCUUCCUUCAUCCUCAAUGUUCUCUUUCUCUCCGUCUCUUUUUCUUCAACUGCUUCCCCCUCCUCCCCUCUGCGUGCACACACACUCACACACACACGCACAUCAUCAGCUCCUCCCCCACUGGAGGAUCAUGUUGAUGCAUCAGCUGCAUGCAGCAGAGCAGCGCUGAUGGAUGGUGUUGGAAGUUAGCUUUGCAGCGCGCUCACUGGCCACUCCAUCACUGUGUAUGUGUGUGCGCAUGUGUGUGAGAGGAGAAAAAGGCAGUGUGAGGCGAGCAAGGCUGUGUCAAGAAAUGGUAGCACCGCAAAGGCUGCGGGAGAAGACGUUCCCGUAAACAAAUAUAACGUCCUCUGUAGAGCGCUGCGGAAGAGAAGGAUGAUUGUGUUCCAUUUAUCUUGGACUGUUACAAACUCAAAGAUAAUUCCCCAACAAUAAGACAAAAGGAAAAAAAGAUAUGCCUCUAUUGGGUAUGGACAAAAGUAUUGGGUCAGCUGCAGGAAGUGAAGCAAGAACAAAGACUUCUUCCACACCAAACUCAUCCAAGCAUGCCCCAUGGACAUUUGUGCAUAUUCUAUCCUAAUGAGGUUAUGUUCAGCAUAGCAGCUGUGUGUGUGUGCGUGCGUGUGUGUGUGCGUGUGUGUGUGUGUAUAUGUGUGCGUGAUCAAUAAUUCAUUAGUCUCAACCUUCAGGCGUCCUCUGAGGUACGAUUGCACACACACACACACACGUAACGCUUUGGUGUGCCUCCACUCUACUUUGCACCCAUCCUCAACAUGGACAGUAUCACUUACAUUGUGGAACAUUCAUGCUACGACCCAAUUUGCUCGUCACAACCCUUCUAUUCUGCUUUUACUGCAAUUUCCCUGAUUUUGUGGAUAAUUUCCAGUCUUAUCUGGAGUUAUUAUUGUUGUUUGUGCUGUGUAAAGGUGGCAGCUAUCAUUAAUAACAUGCAAGGAGCGAUCACAUUUGCGUGUGCAUGCAGUUGUGCAGUGCCCUGGCCUACCUCUUCCAUCCCUCCCUCCAUCCAUCUAUCCAGCCAUCCAUCCAUCCAUCUUCUUCCACUUAUCCAAGGUCAGGUCACGGGGGCAGCAGCCUAAGUAGGGAAGCCCAGACUUCCCUCUCCUCAGCUACUUUGUCCAGCUCCUCCCAGCGGAUCCCGAGGCAUUCCCAGGCCAGUUGAGAGACACAGUCUCUCCAACGUGUCCUGGGUCUUCCCCGAGGCCUUCUACCGGUCGGACGUGCCCUGAACACCUCCCCAGGGAGGCGUCCGGAAGGAAUGAUGCCCAAGCCACCUCAUCUGGCUCCUCUCAAUGCGGAGGAGCAGCGGAUCUACUCUGAACUUCUCCCGGACGCGCAUUGCGCCUGAAAGGUUUCCUCGGCCCAGUUCGGCCCCGCCCACAGACCGGUACUGGGCCACGGCCCGGUGGUUGGGGACCCCUGGCGUAGAAUAUGGAUGGAUGGAAACAGUGAGGGCCAGCCUCCAUGAAGUCACCGGAACCUUGCCCCGCCCUGUCAGCCUGGUCCAGGUGGUGUUGAUAGGACAACCAUGACCAGCGUUGCGUCCUCUGCAGCUGACGGCGGCCAACAGAAGCACCCAAACGAGCGGCCUGCUUGGACCAACCUCACCGUGGUGCCGCUGGGUGUCGGCGGGCAGCAGCUUCUGUCAGAGUCUCUGCGCAUCCAGAGGUUCGAGCCCCCGUUGGACCUCAUGGCACCUGUCAACCCACUCAUGGCGGGAGUCAGCCUGGUCCCGACCCCGCUCGCCCCCACCGACAUGCAGCCAGUCAAAGAGAUCAUCCACUGCAAGAGCUGCACUCUCUUCCCUCAGAACCCCAACCUGCCCCCACCGUCCACCCGCGAGCGCCCCCCGGGCUGCAAGACGGUGUUUGUGGGCGGUUUGCCGGAGAAUGCCACAGAUGACAUCAUCAGGGAGGUCUUCAGCCCGUGUGGCGACAUCACUGCCAUCCGCAAGAGCAAGAAGAACUUCUGCCACAUUCGCUUCAGCCAACACUUCAUGGUGGACAAGGCUAUCUACCUGUCAGGAUACCGGAUGCGUAUCGGGUCCAGCACGGACAAGAAGGACUCGGGCAAGAUCCAUGUGGACUUUGCUCAGGCACGAGAUGACUUGUAUGAGUGGGAGUGUCAACAACGGCUGCUGGCCAGAGAAGAACGACACCGCCAGACACUCUGGGAGGACCACCUGCAGCCGCCGUCUCCGGCCCCCGUCGUGCACUUCUCUGAGCACGAGGCAGUCAUAUUGGCGGAGGGGCUGAAAGACAACCACAAGUUCAGCGAGGCUACGGCGGUGCUCCUCACCUGGAUGGACCGAGGUGAGGUCAACCGCCGCACCGCCAACCAGUUCUACUCCAUGAUCCAGUCAACCAACGGUCACGUGCGCAGACUGAUGAGCGAGAAGGCUCUGCAGGAGGAGGAGAUGGAGCGCGCAAAGGAGGCCUUCAAGUGCGCCCUGAUGGCCAUCUUGACACAGUUUGAGCAGAUUUCGGCCGUGUUCGCCGCCGCCAGCAGACAAAAGGCAUGGGACCAUUUCUCUAAAGCUCAGCGCAAGAACAUAGACAUUUGGCGCAAGCAAUGUGAGGAGCUGAUGAAAGUCCAUGGUGAGGAGAUCAUGGGCAUCCGACGUGAAGAGGAGAUGGAGAUGUCGGAUGAAGAUUCCGAUGAAAGUCCUUGUAAGAAGAUGCGCAAAGACAGCGGGCUGUGUGAUCAGACGGAGGCAUGUCUGCGAGAGGAGAACGUCUCCUUGCGAUGGCAGCUGGAGGCUUACAUGAAGGAGGCGGAGCUUGCAAGGAAGGAGGCGGGCAAAGAGGACAACAACAACGUAGUCGGGCUGACCAGGUGGCACUUUCCAGAUGCUUCCAUGCAGUUGCUGCAGCAGAGUGUCAUCAGCAUGCAACAGCAACUCCACAGCCUGCAGGAGCAGCUGGCUAGCAAGGAGGCCGAGUUAGAACAGGCGAAAGAGGAGCAUCACUUCCUGGAGGGGGAGGUGCUCUCACUCCAAGACAAGGGGGUCAGCAGUUGCCUCCCAUCAGCGUACCUUAGCAGAGAGAGGAGAAGUAAUGUCGUCCUGUCCGAAAAGGAGGCGCUGUUUCUGGGGGUGAUUUCGACCUUCCUCCAUGUUCACCCGUUUGGGGCAAACCUGGAGUACUUGUGGUCUUACAUGCAGAGACUGGACUCGAAGGUGUCAGCGGGGCAGCUGGAGCGCCUCAUGGUUCGUCUGCCCCUCGUGUUUAGGCAGGAGUUGAGCGGUGUGGGAGCCACUCUGGAGAAACGCUGGAAGUUCUGCGGGUUUGACAGCCUUAAUUCGGGAUGACCCGGGAUCUCACAAACACACAUGCAUAUACACACACAGAUGUGUGUGUGUGUGUUUAUCCAUGGUGGCUAAACACAGUGGACGAUUAUCACAUUGACGCUGAGUAGGUGGAUGUUCACAGCCUGCGGUGACUGCUCUGACCUGCAGGUGUGUGGAGGGGGUGUGAUAUGUCACAUGAUAGCUGAGUUACCGUCCAUGCUACUAUGCUAAUGCACGAACAUGAGCCGUUAGCUGAGUUUUUUUGUUGAUGAAAAUCUUGUAUUGUGGUUGCAUUGACGACAUUGGCAUCAAGCUCCGCCCACUUUCACGUCUUAAUCCUCAUUGACUUUUAUUUUUAGUUCUAAUGUGAUUUAAAGGCUUAAAAUGUUUGUAUUUGCGUUCAAAUACUGAUCACCUGUCAAUCACAGGACUGACACCCUCAAGUAUCUGAUUGCUAUUGAUAUGAUUAUAUUAUUAUUAUUACUGUAUGUCAUUCUGAGAUUAUUAAUAAAGACAUGAUUAUUAUAUAACACUUUUACAGUCAUCAUUAUAUAUCAUGUCUUAAUAUUCAUAUUGUACAGGUAUAUUAUAUGGAUUACAUCACUUCUCAUGGUCAGGUGGAGGAGGUUUAUGGAUGUAGUGAAAGAGGACAUGAAGGUAGUUGGUGUGAGAGAAGAGGAUGCAGAAGACAGAGUUAGAUGGAGGCAGUUGAAAGGAAACGAAGAAGACAUCACUUCUCAUGGUUUAUGCUGCAACGCUGGCAUCUGCUGGACAAAGGUAGAUAUUGCAGGUUGUUAAUGACGUCACCAUACACUAGUUCUGAUUUUUUUUAAAAUUAACUUUACUGCACAUGGUGUUAUUCAUCGGAAUAGAUUCAUUUAUUAAUUCAUUCAGUGACUGAAUGGCAGGGUUGCGUUAAGAUAAAAUAACAAGCCAAUAAAAAAAUCCAUAGAUUUGAAAUAGUCUA